UUCUUCUCAACUUAACCAUUCAUGGUGACUGACAAGUCAUGAUAAUUUUUUAUAAAACAAAUAGUUAUUCGCAAUGGACGAUUCGUUUUUCGGAUUUGAUACAACUACAAGUUUACCGGAUGAUGAUGGCAGUGAUGGGCGAAUUGCGGAACCCCCGGAAGAGGAGUACGACGCCCUUAAUGAUGAGACGUUCGGUUCAGCCAUAAACGGCGACUGGGAGGAAGCCCACGAAACGCUUGUCCUACUUGGCGGCAACGGCGAAAAAGCUCGUAAAGAUUUUAGAGAUCAAGACCUUAGCGGUAAUGGUGCUUUUUUUAAUCGACAGCAGCGUGGGUUUCAGAGUGGGAGCAUCGACGACUUAGAUUUGGAACUAAAUUUAUCGUCAAUAAAAUUAGAUGACGUCGAUUUAAGUACGUUCGGUGAAACCGAUGGAAGCAAUCGCAUUAAGUUGGACUCAGGCGUCUGGACUAACAAUCCCCCCUUUCCAAUGUCCAGCAAUCAAAAUCUUUUCCGAGACAACUUUCGCAGCGCAUUUAAGCCUCAGCCGCAGGCAGCCGCAACGGUAAUGGCAAUCACACAAAUAAAGCCACUGCAGGAGGCAAAUGCCAAUUUUGGGAUACCGCCGUUGCCAACAGCCGCGACAGCUAAAAUCUCAACACUUGAAGACAUUGAACGUAAUUUAAUCAUACAACAGGCAGUACCCAAACCACAACAACAACAACAACCACAACAACAGCUACAUCAGCAGCAUCCACAGCCUCUGCACCAACAGGAAUUGAAUUUAACUAAUCGGCAGCAUUUGGUGGUAACGCCAACAUUAGCGCAACACCAACAACAGCUACAAAAGCAACCGCAGCACAAGGCCCCUCCUGGAUUUUUAGCCGCGCCUCAAACACCGCCACCAAGGCAAAAUAUGGGUUUUCAUGGUCCACAUCCGAUGGGUGGAUCCGGCCCAGGACCGGGUCUAAUGCCAACGCCGCAAUCACAACACCAACAGUUAAAUGGAAUCAGUGCGAAUCGUGUGCCGCCUGGGUUUAUGUAUCAAACUGGCCUAGCUACGAAUCUGCCACAGCAUGCAUUAUUGCAACAACAUGUUUUGCCGGCCAAUUUUCCACGUCCACUGCCAAAUCCACAUUUACCCACGGCGCUUAACAACUUUGCCAUGCAUCCAAGCUUCAAUGCGAUGCGCGCAGUUGGCAUGCAUCCGGCGGCUUAUAUGCAGCCUGUGCUACCGCCACGCCUACCUCCACACAAUCUGCUUAAUCAGCAACCCAACUCAAUGUAUAACAUGUUUAAUAUGCGACUGGUUCAGGAAAUUCAACAGAAUCAUCCGCUUCUUCAGAAUGCGGCAGUGGUUCGUCAACAGCAGCAAAGUCGACCCGGCGAACGCCAAAAACAGCAGCAGCAGUCGGUUCCUCAGCAGAUGCAACAACAGCAACAGCAACAACAGCAAAUCAAUCGCUAUGGCGGCAACCUGCCUCAAGAAGAAUUCGACGAUUACGCCAAUCUGAUGAGCACACGCGAUAAGCAUUGGCUAAUUGGAAUCCAGCUAUCACAGCUGAACACGGACACACCAUACAUUGACGACUACUAUUACACGGUACACAGGCAGCGUAAGAAUGGUCAGGUUCGUCAUAGUCAGGCACACAAGGACAACCAACUAAAUCAUCCACUGACGCAGCCCCGGGGUCAUGCGCAGCUUAUUCUGGUUCAGUUGGGCAACAAAAAUGGCUCGCGUAACGGCCAACAACAUCGCGAAAGGCGCAACUCGGACAAUACGAGCAGCAGCAAUGCCAGUGGCAUUACAAACAGUGGCAACAACAGCAACGCCCUAUCUGGAUAUAUAUUUUCUCCCUUGAAGUUUGAAAAUUCUCUGGGCAAGUUACAGUAUGGAAGUGUUACAGCACCCCGCAAGAUUAUUGAUGCUGAAAUCAUGGGGAGUGACACAACAACUGCGGACAAUACUGUAUCAGCAUCAUCUGCUGCUAGACAAAGCACUGAGAAAAGCAAUGAAGGUCAAGGUGAGGUGAUCCUUGUGCCGAGCAGCAUGCGAAAAUCGCGACACAUUUUGCUACACAUAGAGACCCUAUAUAGGUAUCUGCUUAAGUUGGAGGACUUGGAGAGUCCCGAGGUAAUGGCAACAAUUAUUUUAAAAAAGAAAAAGGAGAGCGAACGCAUAGCUGCUGUGGAGCAACUUGAAAUGGCAAAUAAAACACCUGAAGAGCGUGCGGCUGAAGCAAAUAAUCCGCAAUCUAUGAAUCCAGCGCUAAAAAAUAAAUUCAAUUAUGAAAUCGAGCCGCGCGAUAUUUUAGUGAGUAAACUGAAAGCAGGCCUCACUUUUAAUAAGGUUGUAUCCAUGAUGAACGUGCGCAAAGGCAAGAUACUAUUACGUCGGAUUAUGCCAUUUAUUUCUGAUCAGACAAUACGCUGGACAGUUUGGAGUGGUGUAUUCUGUUCACUGCAAAAUGUUGUUAAAAAAGAUCGAGAAGAUUUGGAAGGUUGUCUCUAUGCGCUUUAUCCGGAGUUUAAAAAUCAAAUACAUGAAGCGAAUUUAGAAACAAUUAUCAACAUUUCAACUGCGUUUACAAUGAAUGAUAAAAAGAUGUCGGGCAUUUUCUGUAGUCGCUUUGGCAUUCUAUCACUUGUCGGAAUUAUACUACGGGUAGAAGCCAUUUACAUUUCAAACCUCGAUUCAACGCUUACCGAGGAGAACCGACAAAAAUGGCGUGAGUUUCUUGCGCAGGUUGCUUCCUGCCUUAAUCGCACCAUACAAAAUCAAACCAUCUCAGCGGCAAUUGAGUCUGAUGCAAUUCAACCCAUGAUGAAUCACUUUGCGCGUUUCAAAGACUUGAAACUAGAUGCGCUUCUAGCUUUAAUUACCCAAGCUAAACAUCAAAUUAAUUAAACGCAGGCAUUAUUUCCUAUUAUUUUUCAUAAAUUUUGGGAUGAGAAAGUUAUAAAAAAAAUACCCUUGUAUGAGGUCUGACAUUAAUGUUGUCUUAUUCAGCAGUUAAUAUAUAUGUUUAAACUAUGCAUUGUUGUAUUGUUUAAUUUUACAUAUACAAUUUGCGACACGCGCACAAUUUGUAAAAGAAAUUCAUUCACACACAUACAUGUACAUAUAUCACUGGCAGAGCUCAUACAUAUAAAGAAACGUAAAACAAAAUAUAAAAGUACUCGUAAAAAAUUAAAUAACCAUGUAAACAAUUUCAAAACAAACAAAAAUCCACGUUUAUUUCAUCAAUAGACUUUGUGCACCUAAAAAAUCAAAAU